AUGGCCGCUGCCCGUCGGUCCCUGUCUCGAUCUCUCCCCGCUCUCCGUGCUGCGUCUCCCCGCACCGCGAUGGCUUCAUCUUCAAGGGCUGCUUCCUCUGCUCGUUCUUUGUCGUCUUCGUCUACUAUGUCCUCAUACUCGGUGCUCGCUACCCAACGCUCCUCCACCUCGUCUUUAUCGCCUGCCUCUUUCGUUGCUGCGCGCAGACUCCACGCCACAGCCCAGCAACUCACCCCCGCAACCACAUCCGCGGCUACUACCGCCACCGACUACCCGACCGACCACAAACCGAUUGCUAACCCCAUCGACACCACCAACUUCAUCGAUAACCAGUUUGUGCCAUCCAAGGCUUCUACGUGGAUUGACCUACAUGACCCGGCCACCAACAACCUCGUCACCCGAGUGCCCCAGAGCACAGAUGAGGAACUACGCGCUGCCGUCGAGUCGGCGGAGAAGGCCUUCCCAGCAUGGCGUGCGACCAGCGUCAUGGCUCGACAGCAGAUUAUGUUCAAAUUCGUCAAUCUGAUCCGUGCCAACUGGGACCGUCUGGCCGCAUCGAUCACCUUGGAACAGGGCAAGACUUUUGCCGAUGCCAAGGGGGAUGUCCUCCGUGGCCUGCAGGUCGCGGAGACCGCCUGUGGCAUCCCUAGUCAGCUCACGGGUGAAGUGCUCGAAGUCGCCAAAGACAUGGAGACCAGAAGUUACCGAGAUCCUCUGGGUGUUGUUGCGGCCAUCUGCCCCUUCAACUUCCCCGCCAUGAUCCCUCUCUGGUGUAUUCCCAUUGCUACAGUGACCGGGAAUUGUCUCAUACUGAAGCCAUCGGAGCGGGAUCCUGGCGCAGCUAUGAUCCUGGCCGAAUUGGCCCGGGAGGCUGGUUUCCCUCCUGGUGUGAUCAACCUGGUCCAUGGCUCCGCUAAGACCGUCGACUUCAUCCUGGAUGAGCCCGCUAUCAAGGCCAUCAGCUUUGUCGGCAGCAACCGGGCGGGUGAAUACAUUUACACUCGUGGCUCAGCAAAUGGCAAGCGGGUGCAGGCCAACCUGGGUGCAAAGAACCACGCCGCCGUGCUUCCCGACUGCAACAAGAACCAGACCCUGAAUGCUAUCGUCGGCGCCGCCUUUGGCGCUGCCGGUCAGCGCUGCAUGGCGCUUUCCACCGUCGUGAUGGUGGGCGAAACCCAGGACUGGCUCCCUGAUAUCGCCGAACGAGCCAAGGUUCUGAACGUCAACGGCGGGUUCGAAGAAGGAGCCGACCUCGGCCCCGUCAUCAGCCCGGAGAGCAAGAAGCGCAUUGAAGAGUUAAUAGCCAGCGCCGAAGAGGAGGGUGCCACCAUCCUGCUAGACGGACGGGGCUACAAGCCCGAGAACUACCCCAACGGCAACUUUGUCGGACCCACCAUCAUCACCAACGUCACCCCGGAUAUGAAAUGCUACCGGGAGGAGAUCUUCGGCCCGGUCCUGAUCUGUCUCUCCGUGCCCACCCUCGAAGACGCCAUCGACCUGAUCAACAAGAACGAGUACGGCAACGGCGCCGCCAUCUUCACCUGCUCGGGACCCACCGCGUCGCGAUUCCAAAAGGAUAUCGAAGCCGGCCAGAUCGGUGUUAAUGUGCCCAUCCCCGUGCCGCUGCCCAUGUUCUCCUUCACCGGUAACAAGAAGAGUAUUGCCGGCGGUGGCGCAAACACGUUCUACGGCAAGCCGGGAUUACAGUUCUAUACGCAGCAGAAGACAGUGACGAGUUUGUGGAGGGCUGAAGAUGCCGUAAGUACCAAGGCACAUGUGGUGAUGCCAACUCAUUCGUAA